AGCAGUUCAAGAAGAGUGACAACAGAGAACAAAGUAGCCUGUCAGUUUAGCUCAUUUGGAGUUGGCCUUAAAAUCAGAUGUUAUUCAGAGUUAUCUACCCUUGAAGUUUUCAUUCAAGGAGAUCUAUAUAGUCUAGUACAUGUGUUUCUUAGCAAAACAUGAACCUGAUCAUUUCGUGAAAGCUAUAUAACAUUCUAAUAGAUAUUAUAACUUUUAUAAGAGCGAAAAGAGACAGAAAGAUAAGUGACGAAAUGGAAGACGUGGACUUAAUUGCUGGAAACAUUUCUUCACCGAAACACGAGGAAAAUGUUAUUGAUUUAACUCAGGAGUCCAAAGAUGUCUCCAACCAAUAUACUGAAAUUAUACAAGACAGCAAUAGUCAAACGAACUGUUCUAUGUCAUUGUUCGUCUUGGAUCGUGCAGGAGAUAAGAAGAUUUUGAAAAAAUUUAAACAUAAAAAGAAAGAUGCAUUAAACGAGUUGCAUGAACCGGAAACUAAGACAGAAACACUUGCAGAAACACCCGUAGAAAAAGCAUCUGUAGAAACGCCUGUGUUAAAUCAAAAACCCAAAACUAGGGAAACCAAAAAAGAACGCAAAAACAAAAAGUUGUCUAUAGGAUUGGUCAGUUCUAUUGAUCCUCAUCUUAACUUUAGCUCUUAUUUAGACUCCUCAAAAGAUUAUGUUACAGCAAAUAAACUUGUAGAUGUUAAUCAGAUUCUCAAGUCAACAGCACCACCACCUGAUCCAGCAAAAGAACUCAUUAGCAAAAGAAAACAAAAACUACUGAAGAAGAAACAAAGGAGUAAAGUAGCUGGAGAUAACUGGUUUAACAUGGGAAAACCAGAAAUGACGCGAACAAUAAAGAAUGAAUUGGCUCUAAUUCAGAUGCGAAACUCUCUCGAUCCAAAACGGUUUUAUAAAAGUAAUGACAGAAAGAGAUUUCCCAAGUACUUCCAGAUGGGAACAGUUGUUGAAUCUGCAGCAGAUUUCUAUCAUGCUCGUAUCCCAAAGAAGCAACGAAAGGCAAAUAUUGUUGAAGAGAUGAUGGCUAAUGCAGAAACAAAACAAUAUGUCAAGAAAAAAUAUGCUGAUCUAGCUAAAACCAAAAAAGUAAGAAACAGAAACAAGAAUAAAAAAAAGAAAUAA